AUGGCCACAGAUAUGGAUAUCGAGAUGGACAUUGAUGUUGGGUUUACGGUCGAGGACCAUGGAAUACCAGAAAUCGACAUUCUUCCUGAUGCAGGAGUCACUGCAAGCAGCCCCCAUCUACGCAUUGAAAGCUUCUCAGCUAAUCAGACUUCGCAGCCUCAACUCAAUGGUGAGACUCCCAUCCUCAAUGCGCCCGGAGAGCAACACGAUUCCGCGUCACUCGAGCUCGCGCCUAACAAAGUUCACAUUCGAGGGCUGGACAACCUAACUACCAAAGACAUCCGGACUUUCGCUACAGAGCACUACGUCGAAAACUCCCCUGAGCAUAUCGAAUGGAUUGAUGACACUUCAGCGAACCUGGUUUACGAGAGCGAAGAGGUUGCACUUCAAGCUCUUCAGGCACUGGUGCAGUCUGAAAUUACCGACAUCGCCUCAGCUUCGUCAUUACAAACGUUUGCAGCGCGACCUUUCGCUGACCAUCCAAAUACGAGUCUUGAAGUACGCCGGGCAGUUGUGGGCGAUCGCAAAGCACCUCGAGCUCGUGACAGGAGCAGAUUUUACCUACUAAACCCACAGCAUGAUCCAGCGGAACGACGCAAAAGAGGCGGAGGUGGCGGUGGGAGAAGAUAUAGGGAUCGCGAUGAUGGCGGGUAUCGAAGUCAACGUUACGAUGAUAGAGAACAAGAAAGUCGUUUGAAGGGCGACGAGGCCGCUGGAUUUGAUGCCAGUUUAUAUGACGAUGAUGCCGAUGCAUUAGCUCGAAGAUCAGCGAGAAAUCACCCAGGCUCUAUAUCUGAUAGCGAUUCCGGAGGACGACGAGUAAGAUUCCGCGGAACGGCUGGUAAGGAACUGUUCCCAAGUUCUACCGGCGAAAGGGGAAGUGGCCGGUUAAGAGAUCGAAGUGCAUCACCCCUGAGAGAUGACGAUAGAUCCGGUAGCAGGGACAGUUACAAUCAGGGACGGCGAAGCGGUCAACGGAAACCAAGUGCUGCGGCGGCUUCGGAUAAUAGAUUGAGGGCACAGCGUAUCAAAGCCGACAUGAGAGCAACUGCACCCAAAGAACUGUUUCCUCAAAAGGAUCAACGCUCCGGUGUAUUUGAUGCUGCAGAUGAGACAGCAGACCUUUUUGCAAACACAAUGCCUGUUCCAUUCGUGGAUGGUAGUGCAGACCGACAGACCAGCACGCAACCAAACGGGAAGUGGGAUAUUAUCACAGGAUACAGUAUUCGGGGAGUAUCAAAAGCUCCUACAGCGCAGGGCUUUAGCAUAAAGGGUGCUGCUUCUGGUGGCCAAGUGAAGGAGUUGUUUCCAGCACACUUUGGAGAUAAUGCGGGGAAAGAGCUCUUCGGGUUAGAGGGUAGAGGUCGUCGAAGACAGAAGGCCGAGGACUUGUUCUAUUGA